UCCCUCCGUGUUGAUGCCGUUUACUCUGCCGGUAAAUGGGUCUGCUCGAAUCCUCCGUCCCCGUGGUCCUAUAUGAUCGGCCGGUUGCGCAUGCAGCUGUGCUCCACAGACACAGCAGCUGUUUGCUCUUUGUGCUUUAGAAUCGACCUCUGCGGGCUGCAGCUCUUCCUUCCUGGUUGGACUCUGUGUACUGGAGCAGCGGUGCACUGAGAUCAGUGAAGCUUCUUCUGUCCAUCUGAAGGUUGCCAACACUACCUGACUUUAACAGAGAGCCACGAUGACAGCAGAGGACCUUUUCAAAACUCUAGAGGAUUUAAAAGAUGAGGAAUUCAAGAACUUCAAAUGGUAUCUAAAGCAGCCCGACAUCCUGGAAGGCUACAAACCCAUCAAAGAAUCCAAGCUGGAAGAGGCAAAAGAAAGGCGGGACACAGUGGACCUGAUGGUAAACACCUUUAACCUUGAUGGAGCUUUGAAGGUGACCAAGAAGGUUUUCGAGAAGAUAAAGAGGAACGAUCUGGUGCAGAGUCAAGCAGACACCAGCUCAGGACCAGAAGGAAGUCAUUCUGGAGUUUGCCAGCAAAAACUUAAAUCUAACCUGAAGAAGAGGUUCCAGUGUGUGUUUGAGGGAAUUGCUAAAGCAGGAAACCAAACCCUUCUGAACCAGAUCUAUACAGAGAUCUACAUCACAGAGGGAGGGACUGCAGAGGUCAAUGAUGAACAUGAGGUCAGACAGAUUGAAACAGCAUCCUGGAAACCAGACAGACCAGAAAGAACAAUCAGACAAGAAGACAUCUUUAAACCCUCACCUGGAAGAGAUGAACCAAUCAGAACAGUGAUGACAAAGGGAGUUGCUGGCAUUGGGAAAACAGUCUUAACACAGAAGUUCACUCUGGACUGGGCUGAAGGCAAAGCCAACCAGGACAUACAGUUCACAUUUCCAUUCACUUUCAGAGAGCUGAAUGUGCUGAAAGAGAAAAAGUACAGCUUGGUGGAACUUGUUCAUCACUUCUUUACUGAAACCAAAGAAGCAGGAAUCUGCAGGUUUGAAGAGUUCCAGGUUGUGUUCAUCUUUGACGGUCUGGAUGAGUAUCGACUUCCUCUGGACUUCAACAACACUGAGAUCCUGACUGAUGUUACAGAGUCCACCUCAGUGGAUGUGCUGCUGACAAACCUCAUCAGGGGGAAACUGCUUCCCUCUGCUCGCCUCUGGAUAACCUCACGACCUGCAGCAGCCAAUCAGAUCCCUCCUGAGUGUGUUGACAUGGUGACAGAGGUCAGAGGGUUCACUGACCCACAGAAGGAGGAGUACCUCAGGAAGAGAUUUACAGAUGAGGAACAGGCCAGCAUAAUCAUCUCCCACAUCAAGACCUCACGAAGCCUCCACAUCAUGUGCCACAUCCCAGUCUUCUGCUGGAUCACUGCUACAGUUCUGGAGGAUGUGUUGAAGACCAGAGAGGGAGGAGAGUUGCCCAAGACCCUGACUGAGAUGUUCAUCCACUUCCUGUUGGUUGAGUCCAAACAGAAAAACGCCAAGUAUGAUGGAGGAGCUGAGACAGAUCCACACUGGAGUCCAGAGAACAGAAAGAUGAUUGAGGCUCUGGGGAAACUGGCUUUUGAGCAGCUGCAGAAAGGCAACCUGAUCUUCUAUGAAUCAGACCUGACAGAGUGUGGCAUCGAUGUCAGAGCAGCCUCAGUGUACUCAGGAGUGUUCACACAGAUCUUUAAAGAGGAGAGUGGACUGUACCAGGACAAGGUCUUCUGCUUCGUCCAUCUGAGUGUUCAGGAGUUUCUGGCUGCUCUUCAUGUCCAUCUGACAUUCAUCAACUCCGGAGUCAAUCUGCUGGCAAACCAACUAACAACAUUCCUGAAGUCUAUAUUAUUUAAAGACAAACAGAAUCUGAAACAUCUCCACCAGAGUGCUGUGGACAAGGCCUUACAGAGUCCAAAUGGACACCUGGACUUAUUCCUCCGCUUCCUCCUGGGUCUUUCCCUGGAGACCAAUCAGAAUCUCCUACGAGGCCUUCUGACACAGACAGGAAGUAGCUCACAGACCAAUCAGGAAACAGUCCAGUACAUCAAGAAGAAGAUCAUUAAGAAUCUCUCUGCAGAGAGAAGCAUCAAUCUGUUCCACUGUCUGAAUGAAUUGAAUGAUUGUUCUCUAGUGGAGGAGAUCCAACAGUACCUGAGUUCAGGACGUCUCUCCACAGAUAAACUGUCUCCUGCUCAGUGGUCAGCUCUGGUCUUCAUCUUACUGUCAUCAGGAAAAGAUCUGGAUGUGUUUGACCUGAAGAAAUAUUCUGGUUCAGAGGAGGCUCUUCUGAGGCUGCUGCCAGUGGUCAAAGCCUCCAACAAAGCUCUACUGAGUCGCUGUAACCUCUCCAUGAGAAGUUGUGAAGCACUGUCCUCAGUUCUCAGCUCCCAGUCCUCUAGUCUGAGAGAACUGGACCUGAGUCUCAGCAUCCUUAGGGAUUCAGGACUGAAACUGCUGUCUGCUGGACUGGAGAGUCCACACUGUAAACUGGAAGCACUCAGAUUGAGUGAGUGCUGGUUGUCGAAGAUCAGCUGUGAUUAUCUGGUCUCAGCUCUGAAGUCCAACCCCUCCCAUCUGAGAGAGCUGGACCUGAGUGACAAUAGGGUGCAGGAUUCAGGUGUGGAGCUGCUGUGUGGUUUUCUGGAGAGUCCACACUGUAGACUGGAGACUCUGAGAUUGAGGAACUGCAGGUUGACAGAGAUCAGCUGUGAUUAUCUGGUCUCAGCUCUGAAGUCCAAUCCCUCCCAUCUGAGAGAGCUGGAGCUGAGUGAAAACUACGUGCAGGAUUCAAGAGUGAAGCUGCUGUGUGGUUUUCUGGAGAGUCCACACUGUAGACUGGAGACUCUGAGAUUUAGUUGCUGCGGUUUGUCAGAGAUCAGCUGUGAUUAUCUGGUCUCAGCUCUGAAGUCCAACCCCUCCCAUCUGAGAGAGCUGAACCUGAGUCUCAACAAGCUGCAGGAUUCAGGAGUGAAGCUGCUGUGUGGUUUUCUGGAGAGUCCACACUGUAGACUGGAGACUCUGAGUUUGAGUGACUGCAGUUUGUCAGAGAUCAGCUGUGAUUAUCUGGUCUCAGCUCUGAAGUCCAACCCCUCCCAUCUGAGAAACCUGAACCUGAGUGGAAACAAGAACCUGCAGGAUUCAGGAGUGAAGCUGCUGUGUGGUUUUCUGGAGAGUCCACACUGUAGACUGGAGACUCUGAGAUUGUGGAAUUGCUGGUUGUCCGAGAUCAGCUGUGAUUAUCUGGUCUCAGCUCUGAAGUCCAACCCCUCCCAUCUGAGAGCGCUGGGCCUGAGUGACAACAAGAGCCUGCAGGAUUCAGGAGUGAAGCUGCUGUGUGGUUUUCUGGAGAGUCCACACUGUAGACUGGAGACUCUGGGACUGAGGAACUGCAGUUUGUCAGAGAUCAGCUGUGAUUAUCUGGUCUCAGCUCUGAAGUCCAACCCCUCCCAUCUGAGAAAGCUGGAGCUGAGUUGGAACUACAAGCUGCAGGAUUCAGGAGUGAAGCUGCUGUGUGGUUUUCUGGAGAGUCCACACUGUAGACUGGAGACUCUGAGAUUGAUAAGCUGCAGGUUGUCAGAGAUCAGCUGUGAUUAUCUGGUCUCAGCUCUGAAGUCCAACCCCUCCCAUCUGAGAGAGCUGGACCUGAGUGUCAACGAGCUGCAGGGUUCAGAAGUGAAGCUGCUGUCUGAUCUUGUGGAGAGUCCACACUGUAGACUGGAGACUGUGAGAUGGAAGUGAUCUCAGUCAGAGUGUGAGUGGUGAGGAAGGAGGUUGUGUUGGAGGAUCAGCUGUGUCCUGAUGAUCCAGAGAGGUUGAAGCAGCAGCAUCAGCUCUGACUGGGCAAUGUUACUGGGAGGUAGAGUGGAGAGGAGAGCUUCAUCCAGCAGUGACUGACAGAGGAAUCACAACCAGUGGAGACGACUCUCAGUGCUGCAGUCUGAACUACCAAAAAGGGGGCGACGUCAUUCUGAAGACAGAAAGUUCAAUUUCAAUUCAAUUUUAAUUGUAUAGCGCCAAUUCAUAACAGAAGUUAUCUCAGGACUCCUUAUAACAUUUACAGAGAGCCAACAGUACCACCAUGAGCAAGCACUUGGCGACAGGGGCAAGGAAAAACUGCCUGUUAAGAGGCAGAAACCUAGGACAGACCCUUCGGCUCUAGGUGGGUGGUCGUCUGCCUCGACCAGUUGGGGUGAGAGAGAGAGAGACAGAGACAGAGAGACAGAGACAGACAGACAGACAGUUGCACAGCAACAACAGUAGCAACAACUACACUAAUGGUAGUGACUGAUGAUGAUGAUCAUGAAGAAGAUGAUGACAGCAACAGUGGGGGACUAUGCUUCAAUAACAGUUGGGCACUCAGAACCUCGGUCAGCUAUCCUUUCUGUACAAUGUCGUUGUUACGUCAAAGAUUUUUGGGGAUGAAAAAUGUAAGACAAAAGAUGUUUGUGGGAGAAAAUUGGUGGCAUAAAGUAUAAAAACAGACCGCUGCAUAUUGAGACCACAAAAGCUUUUAUAAUGAACAUUAUGCAAUGACAAACAAUAAAAGAGGAAACUGCAACUUUAAUGUUUUCUCAGAGUUGGCUGUGCCCUGUAAACAACAACGAUUUCUCAAACUGUGGCUUCACAACUAAAUUCACAUUUCAGAACAACUAAAGCUAAAAUGCUACACAAUAAAACAACUUUCACAGACAUUCAACAUAAUUCCUCAGUGUUAUUUUCUACGGAAGGUCAGUGACGUCCUGGUUGAUAAUUAUUUAAUUAUUGUCAUUAUCUCAACAUCAGGUCAGCGGUUGUGGUGAUUUUUUAUCAAUAUUUGAGAUAACAAAGAUAUCAAGGUAUCAAACUGCCGCCUCAGAAGCGUAAUGAUUAUAAUUAUUGUAAGAAUAUAUUUUCUAUUAUGUAUGACUCAAAAAGUCAAAGGUUGUUGCAGGAUGAGGCUGUUUAUCAGAGAGUCGAGGCUUUGUCAAUAUACAUAUCUAGAUCUGAAAUUACUCUGAAAAGUAACAUUUUAAUUUAGUUUUCUUUACAGAAAUUAAUGAACGACUGCUUUUUAUAAAUCAGUCAGGUUGGGUCACCUCCCACACUUUCCCGGUCAGAAGUCAAGACUGGCCUUUUUUCCACUUUUCUUAGCCGAUGGCUGAUCCUUCUGAAAUGGAAAGAUAUCUUUCCAACCAGCAGGUUCAUGACUUACUGUUCUUUAGUUUUUAGACAAAUGUUUUUUUCUCUAAUUUAAUUAAAAAAUUUACAAAUUAUGGAACCCUUUUUUGGACACAUUAGAGAGAACAUCCAGCUGCCCACUAGACUGUACACUAUAUAAAUGGUCCUUUACACCCCUUUACCUACUGUGGGGUGUUAUCACCAGCUAUACAUAAAAUAAAAUAAAAUUUUAACCACUAUUUCUUGGUCUAGUCUGUACACAGUUAUUAGGUUAUUAGACUUUUAUUCAUUUUUGUCCUUUUUCUUUGCCUUAUGCCUUAUUUCUUUUUUUGUAAAGCAAUUUUAACAAUAUGUUUGUGCUGUCACUGUUUAUCUUUUUUUGUUAUGUUAAAAAACAAUUAAAAAAAGUUUGAUUUCUA